ACACACACACCAUCACUUCGAAUCCACGGCCGACCAGAGAAGUCCACUUUGGGCGCACAUAAGGACGCAAAUGGCUGUGACAACUGAAACGAUGCCACUUGCGACUUUGUGCGACUUUUGAGAAGAAAAGGGAGGAAGAAGACAAGUCAGAAAGGAGACUUAUGUUCGCUGUCAGGGGGAUCACAGCCGGUCGUUUCUCCAUUCCAACCGGUGCGCUAGUACUCGCCUCCGUGGAACGACCGAAAUGGGCAUCAGGGAGGCGCUGGGAUGCUGCUUGUUCUUGGCCGCGUCCUGCUGUCUCCUUCCGGGCUGCAGGAGCAACAUCACGGUGGCGGUGAUGCUGCCGGACAACCACCACAAGUACCCGUGGGCUCUCCCGCGCGUCUUCCCCGCCAUCCUCAUGGCGCACGAAGACCUCCACGACAAACACGGGCUGCUCCUGGGCCGCUCCAUCAACAUCCUCCACUACAGCACCGAGGACCCCGCGGCAGGCUCCUGCGCCGAGAGCCGAGCCCAGGUGGUGGCCGUGGACGCCAAGCUCUACAUCCGGCCGGACGCGUUCUUCGGCCCCGGCUGCGUGUACCCUCUCGCCUCCGUGGGUCGGUUCGCGUCCCACUGGAAACUCCCGCUCAUCACCGCCGGAGGACCCGCGUACGGCUUCGAUAAGCGCGACGAGUACCGGACCAUCGUGCGUAGCGGGCCGUCCACCACCAAGCUGGGGGACUUCACCAACAUGCUGCACACGCACUUCAACUGGACGUCCCGGGCCGUGGUCAUCUUCCACGACCUGAGGCACGACGACCGGCCUCACUACUUCCUCUCGGAGGGCAUCUACCUGAAGCUGAAGGAGGAGAUGAACAUCACCGUGGAGGCCCAGCCUUAUGAAGACGAGAUGAAGUACUACAAGGAGCUCAUUGCCUUCAUGAAGGAGCGCGGCAGAAUUGUGUACAUCUGUGGCCCCAGGGACACUUUCUUGAACAUCAUGAAACUCUUCCAGAGUGAGAUCCAGGACCCAGAAAACUACGCAAUUUUUUAUCUGGACGUCUUCGCAGAGAGCUUGACAGAGCGAAAACCUUGGCAGAACUCUGACGCAGACUGGGACGAUCUCAUCAAGGUCUUUAAGUCUGUUUUCGUCAUUACAUACCGACCUCCUGAUAAUCCCGAGUACAACGACUUUCAAAGAAGACUCCAUGCAAGAGCACAGAAAGAUUUUGGUGUGCAUUUGGAACCAUCAUUGAUGGACUACAUUGCUGGUAGUUUUUAUGAUGGCUUUGUGUUGUACGCAAAAGCCUUGGAGGAAACCCUGGCUGACGGUGGAGCACAAAACGAUGGCAUCAACAUCACAAUGAGAACACAGAACCGUCAAAUUUGGGGUGUGACGGGUCUUGUUACCACAGACCACAAAAACGCCAGGGAUAUAGAUAUCAACCUUUGGGCCAUGACCAAUCAGGACACUGGAGAGUAUGGGCUUGUUGCCUAUUACAAUGGAACCAUGAAAGAGAUCAUUUGGUCCCAGACGGAGAAGAUCCACUGGCCCAGUGGAGGCCCACCACUGGAUAACCCACCCUGUGUGUUUUCCACAGAUGACCCCUCCUGCAAUGAUGGUCAGCUGCCAGUUCUGGGAAUUGUCGCCGUGGGAUCUGGCUUAGCGCUCAUCAUUUUUGGAAUCUCCAGUUUCCUCAUUUACAGGAAACUAAAGUUGGAGAAAGAGCUGGCUGGAAUGCUGUGGAGAAUUCGCUGGGAGGACCUCCAGUUUGAGAGCCCCAAUAAAUACCACAAACGAGCCGGCAGCCGCCUCACCCUCUCACAGAGAGGCUCCAGCUACGGCUCCCUGAUAACCGCUCAUGGAAAAUAUCAGCUAUUUGCAAAAACGGGCUAUUUUAAGGGCAACUUGGUGGCCAUCAAACAUGUCAACAAGAAGAGGAUCGAGCUAACAAGACAGGUUCUACUGGAGCUAAAACACAUGAGAGAUGUCCAGUUUAACCAUCUGACCCGCUUCAUCGGGGCCUGCAUUGACGCUCCCAACAUAUGCAUCAUAACUGAGUACUGUCCCAGGGGCAGUCUGCAGGAUAUUCUGGAAAACGAGAGCAUCAAUCUGGAUUGGAUGUUCCGCUACUCGCUGAUCAACGACAUAGUGAAGGGCAUGAACUAUCUCCACAACAGCUACUUCGGCUGCCAUGGAAAUCUGAAGUCAUCUAAUUGCGUGGUGGACAGUCGAUUUGUGUUGAAAAUCACUGAUUAUGGAUUAGCCAGUUUUCGCUCAUCUUGCGAAAACGAUGACUCCCAUGCUCUCUAUGCAAAAAAGCUGUGGACAGCUCCUGAGCUGCUCAUAUACGACCACCAUCCUCCCCAGGGGACCCAGAAGGGUGAUGUGUACAGUUUCGGCAUCAUCCUGCAGGAAAUAGCCUUGAGGAACGGACCUUUCUUUGUUGAAGGCAUGGAUCUCAGUCCCAAAGAGAUUGUGCAGAAGGUUAGGAACGGUCAAAAGCCGUACUUUCGACCGACGACAGACAACAGAUGUCACUCAGAGGAGCUGACUAUUCUGAUGGACGGCUGUUGGGCCGAAGAUCCCACGGAGAGGCCAGACUUUGGCCACAUCAAAAUCUACAUGGCAAAGCUCAACAAAGAGGGCAGCACCAGUAUCCUUAACAACCUGCUGUCCAGAAUGGAGCAAUACGCCAACAACCUGGAGAACCUCGUGGAGGAGCGAACACAAGCCUACCUGGAGGAGAAAAGGAAAGCUGAAAAUCUCCUCUAUCAGAUUUUACCACAUUCAGUAGCAGAGCAGCUAAAGCGAGGGGAGACAGUACAGGCGGAAGCCUUCGACAGUGUCACCAUUUACUUCAGCGACAUUGUGGGCUUCACGUCCAUGUCUGCUGAGAGUACGCCACUGCAGGUGGUCACGUUACUCAACGACCUGUACACCUGUUUUGAUGCCAUAAUUGAUAACUUUGAUGUAUACAAGGUGGAGACCAUUGGCGACGCAUACAUGGUGGUGUCAGGGCUGCCGGUGCGGAAUGGGAAACUCCAUGCCAGGGAGAUUGCUGGGAUGUCGCUGGCCUUGUUAGAGCAGGUGAAAACGUUCAAGAUCCGCCACAGACCCAACGACCAGCUGAGACUCAGGAUAGGUAUUCACACAGGUCCAGUCUGCGCUGGAGUAGUCGGAUUGAAAAUGCCCAGAUACUGUUUGUUUGGAGAUACUGUCAACACAGCAUCCCGAAUGGAAUCCAACGGCGAGGCUUUGAAGAUCCAUGUAUCGUCAGCCACCAAAGAAGUGCUGGAUGAGUUCGGCUACUUUGAUCUGCAGUUACGAGGAGACGUAGAAAUGAAAGGCAAAGGUAAAAUGAGAACAUAUUGGCUUCUUGGAGAGAAGACUGAUGUGUACGUCAUCUGAGAGGCAGUCUAAUCGGAAGCUCCUUCGUCCGAGCCAUUUCUUUAUUUGUUCUAGAAUAAGUCUUUGUUGGUCAUUUCCAUGCAGAUGAAAACCAACGCAAUCACACACCAAAAAAAAAAAAAAAACAAAGAGGAAAUUCCAGGUAUUUUUAUGACCUGAAUGCUGCAAUUGCUAAACAGGAAAAAAAAAUGUAAAAUGUGCUUUUUUUGUAUGAAGUUUUCUGUCCUCAGAGUGAGUACUUUUCACAGAAAAUAUCUAAUUUUUUGUGCUUUCUAUAUUUAGAUUUGUAUAAUGUGUUUUGAAGUAAUGAUGUAUUAAUAUUUCCUGGGAAAAUCCUUUGAAAUGUAGAAACGGUGUUUAUAUUCACUGCUGCCGUUCUUUAACAAGUGUUAUACAAUACAAGGUGUAUAUAUGUAUAUCCAAGAUACUGUAAGAUAUUUUGUUCAAUAAACUCAUUGGAAAUACCCUGAAAAACAUGUGAUUAUUCGGUACA